AUGGAUAUGGAUACGCAGGAGGCAGAACUAUCGAGCCAGCUGGAGAAUCUUACAAUAAAUUCACCACGAAAGCUACGCUCGAACGCGCACAGUAACAGUGGUAAAGUGUUUAAGGAAUAUGAAAGUAACCACGAUUUUCAAGAUUCAAAUUUUACUUCCCAAGUUGUGGAACCUGCAAUAUCCGAUUCUGUCAAAAAACCUCCUACAAUGACAGUUUUGAACAACUAUAGCACGGUGCAUCAGAAAGUGCCGUCAGGUUUUUCAGGCACGACUGCUACAUCUCAUCAAGAAGCUCAAUGGAAGCAGUAUUUCCCUGGUAUUGGUAGCGGCGGUGGUACCAACUUUGGUGGCGCUGUUGGUACUGCAAACAAAGUUCCUGAAUCGGAUCUCAUUGUGAGCGACUUGGUUAAGGAUUUAUCUGGAGUUCUUGAAACAAAUACAUUUAAAAGACAUUUAGAUAUGAAGAAUAAAACUACUACUAUGCAGACCCAUGAAAACCAUGAUACGAUUAGUAUUUCACAUUCUAAAGAUUUCUUUAACGCUGAGAAGGUCUCAUCGUCGUUUUCUGAUGACAGCGAUUCUGGCCCAGCAGCUGAGGCACAUGAUGUAUUUGAUGGCAUAUUACAAAAGCAAAAAUCGAAUUAUUUGGUGGGUUCUUAUCCAAGUAAUAGCAACAACAAAAACAAUAAUAAUAAUAAUAAUAAUAAUAAUAAUAAUAGUAUUAAUAUUAAUAAUAAGGAUAACGCUAGAACGAAGGAGGAGGACGAAGAGGACACUUCCAAUUCUUUUGAAUUUUCAUCAUCGUCAUCCAUGUCGUCCUCUCAAACUCAAUCAGGCAGAAAAUCAAAAGUUCUCAAGAAACCUCCAUUGAACACUAUUUCACCCGGUCAAUUGGGAUAUCAGUUUAACCAUACACACGGCGCAUGGGAUCCGCCGCUGAACCAGGGCUUAGAUGUGUCGAGUUCACAUUCUCUGGACAAUACAUCUUCCAACCAGUCCCAGUUCGCCACAAUGGUACCAACUGGAGAUAAUCACACUAACGGUAAGGCACCUUCAAUUCUAGAUAAGAAGGCGUAUGAAUUAACCAGUACCAAACCAGGUGAUGUUGGCUACCGCCAAAAGAAAAUACAAGAAGAAGAAAAUCUAGCAAAUAGCGAUGACACGCCCCUAGACACACCAAAAUUUAAUGACCUUUUUACGAAAAAUGGCACUAGAGCGAAGGUUAAAGGACAAAUGCGUACCUCUCGUUCAAUCUCUAAUUCCAAUCUACUAGAAGCUCACAAGAAACUAAAGACCUUCCCCGCUGAACGGGUUGAAGAUAUUACGUCCAUUUCCGAAGUAAACACCUCGUUCAACGAAACUGAAAAGCAGCUAAUAUCAAUCUUGACUAGUAAACUAUCUGGUUCUCCAAGCUAUGAUUCCGAUUGGGAAAAAAUCCUGAAAGUUGACCUAUCAAGGGGCAAACUGAAGAAUAUGUUUGGCAUGCAAAGACUACUACCGAAUGUAUUAGUGCUAAACCUUAGUGACAAUGAAAUGAACACUCUAGAAGGUAUACCCUCGAACGUUGUACAGCUAUUUUGUUCAAACAACAAAAUAACGAGCGCACAUUGUUCAUUAGCCGGAUUCCACGAUCUGGAAUGCCUCGACUUAUCGUACAACCUCUUGAAUACAAGUUUAAAAUUUUUGUCACUUUGUCAUCACCUGCAAGAGGUGAACCUUUCUUACAACUCCAUCCAAUCCUUAGAAGGGAUAGGAUCCUCCAGGAUGAAAAAACUGAACCUUUCUAACAACGAGAUUAAUGGUAUCAUCGAUUUCGAACAAUUGAUACUAACAAACAACUCUGUCGUGGGCGGCUGGUUGACCGUGGAAGUCUUAGAUCUAAGCAACAAUAACAUAAUUGGCGUAAGAAACAUCAAUUGCUUGCCCCGCCUGAAGGUUUUAAACCUCAAUGGUAACCCGCUAGUUUCCAUCGUGGAAUCUUCUAAGAUGGAGAACGGAACGUUGAGAGCGCUUUCCAUCAAAAAUACAGGAGGCGCGCUAUCCAAAUUACAAAAUUACAAGUUGGAUGAUCAAUUCACGUUCCCCUACCAAAAUCUAAAGAUUCUAAAACUGGACGGCUUCGCUCAACUUAGCAAAUGGCAAAAAUGGCCUGCCACUUUGCAAAUUCUGGAGAUCAACGGCGGCCUGGCCUCCUCUUUGCCGCGAUUCUCUUCUCUAAAAUCCACCAACUUAUAUUCUCUAACUAUAGCUAAUGUUAGAGACUUCACACACUUACCAGUGGACCUCUCCAAGGAACUACCGUUCUUGCAAGAGCUACAUCUGCCAGGCAACAACCUACAAAACGCACACAAGUUAACAAAAACUCUCCCACGCCAAUCAGUAAAAUUUCUUGAUCUACGAAAUAACCCAAUCACGACACCACGCCACGAUCGCGCCAGCACGAGCUUGCAUUACCGGCAGUUGCUCCAGCUUGCUGGCCUCUGCCAGCAGCAAUGUCCCGCCCUGGCGACCCUCUGGUUAGAUGACACUCCUGCCCCAACUGCCACGAAUCUGUAA